AUGGAGUCCUCAACCGUCUUUGAUAGCAGACGAAAGUCAUCUAGUACUACAAUUGUUCCACCUGCUCAUUCAAAGUACAAUGCAAGAAAAGCGUCUCUCAUCCCAUUAAAGAUAAACACUGCUGGUGCGAAUAAUCUCUUUUACGAUACUGGCAGCAUGGCUGAAAUAUCACCUAUUACAGUAGUGUCUUUCAAAGAAGCAACACAAGAUCAGCAUCCAAAACCAUCCUGGAUCCACACGCUAAAGGACAAGCUGAAGCUGAAAAAAACAAAGACAAAAAAUAACAGCCAACUUGAGGACAAGCAACACCCAGAAAAGCAACAUCGACAACAUUCCCAUCAGAGUAGUAGAAUUGUUCGUCAUUCUUACAGCGAUCCGCGACUCUCGCCUGGCUCUACCGCUGUGGGAGAUGACGAUGAUGAAGAGCAACAAGGAUAUUUCAGUGCAGUGCCUACCAAGAAAACCAAAAGAUCGCCUCGUGGUUGGGUUUCUGCUGUGCUCAUGAUUGUCUUUGGUGCAUUAAUUGCUGUUACAUUCGUCUUGGUAGGUCUAGGAAAAGCGCUCGGUGGUAGCAGUAAUGUAGCUAGCGUGCAAAGUAAUUCCACAACAACAACGAGUAAUGCAACAAGCACAACCGCAACCGUAACAGAUCAAAAUAAGAGCAUGCAUUUACCCACUGCACCUGUGUUUAAUACUGAAGCAACUGUAACAGUGACAAAAGCCAUUGCCUUCGUUCAUAAAGUUAUUAAACCAACUGCCAUCUCAACCUGA